AUGUCAGUGGCCCGACUCCCCACUGGAACUGACGACCAGGGGUCUAAGAGGGCUAAAGGGAUGGCAUCUCCCAUACUCGGAUUCUCGGAUGAGGAUAAAGAUGGAACCAUCCAGCCCCACAAUGAUGCUCUAGUCGUCACACUCAGGAUUGAGGGAUAUGACGUGAAAAGAGUGCUAGUUGAUCAGGGCAGCACCGUGGAGGUAAUGUACCCCGACUUGUACAAGGGGCUGAAUCUGAGACCAGAAGACUUGACAACAUACAACUCCCCUUUGGUGAGUUUUGAAGGAAAAACUGUUACUCUGAAAGGCCAGAUUAGGCUGCCCGUCCAAACAAGCUCGGACAUAGUAGAGGUGGACUUCAUAGUGGUGGACGCAUAUUCGCCUUAUACUGCUAUUAUAGCCAAACCAUGGCUUCAUGCCUUAGGAGCAGUAUCGUCAACCUUACACCAAAAGGUGAAGUACCCAUCGGAGGGUCGGGCCAAGAAGUGA